CUCUCUUUCUACAUACAUUAUUCUACCUUAGUCGCCCUUCCGUUUUAUCUUUCGUUCUUUCUUUCGUUUGCUGGCGACGACGUAACAUCACAUUUGACGUCGAACGAAAUCAAGUUUCUUUCAAGAUCACUUAAGUUUCAUUACUGAGUACUACCAUCAUUAUGUUUGCUCAAGGUUUACGUUGUGUUAAAUCCGCCAUAUUGAACCCAAUCAAUUGUUCAUCAACAUUGAAAGGCAUUUCAUCAUCUCAGUUGUUCUUAAAAAACAUUUCAAUUAUGUCUUAUGCAAGAAAUGGUAGAGGUAAUAGUUCUUAUGGAGGCGGUGGUGGAAGAGGAGGCGGUCAGCGAUAUGGUGGUGGUAGAAUGGGAGGUGAUAAGAAAAAUCCUGGUGCAAAUCUGCAAACCCCUAAUUGGGACCGUGUUCAAUUACGACCUUUCAAAAAAGAAUUUUAUGUUCCCCAUCCUACUAUUGAUCGAAGAUCUUAUGAGGAAGUAGAUAAAUACCGUACUAGUAAGGACAUCACAGUGAUGAGUUCUGAUAGAACUGAAGUUCCAUAUCCAAUUCAACAUUUUAAAGAAGCCAAUUUCCCAGAUUAUGUAAUGCAAGUUUUAGUUAAUGAAGGUUUUAGUGAGCCAACACCAAUCCAAGCUCAAGGUUGGCCUAUAGCUAUGAGUGGUAAAAAUAUGGUUGGAGUUGCACAAACUGGAUCAGGCAAAACAUUAGCUUAUACUUUGCCUGCUGUUGUUCAUAUUAACAAUCAAGAGCCCUUAAAAAAGGGUGAUGGUCCAAUUGCACUUGUGUUAGCUCCAACAAGAGAAUUGGCUCAACAAAUUCAGAAAGUUGCUGCUCUUUUCAACCAAUCCACAUAUUUACGAUCCACUUGUAUAUAUGGUGGUGCACCUAAAUCUCAUCAGGCUAGAGAUUUACAUAAUGGUGUUGAAAUUGCUAUAGCAACACCAGGCCGUCUACUUGAUUUUUUGGAAUCAAAUGCUACUAACUUGCAACGUUGUACUUAUCUUGUCUUGGAUGAAGCAGAUCGUAUGUUAGAUAUGGGUUUUGAACCACAAAUAAGGAAAAUCAUUCAACAAAUUAGACCUGAUAGACAAGUGUUGAUGUGGUCUGCUACAUGGCCAAAAGAAGUCCAAAAAUUGGCCAAUGACUUCUUAAGUGACUACAUUCAGCUUAAUGUAGGAUCUUUAACAUUAUCUGCCAAUCAUAAUAUUCAACAAAAUGUUGAUGUCGUUCAAGAACAUGAAAAAGAAGAUAAACUUAUGGAUCUAUUACAAGACAUAAGUAACAUGGAUGAAAAUAAAACCAUAAUUUUUGCUGAAACUAAACGAAAAGUUGAUACAAUUACCCGUAAAAUUGUUAAUAUGGGUGCUAGAGCUGUUGGUAUUCAUGGAGAUAAAUCACAAUCUGAAAGAGAUCAUGUAUUAAAACAAUUUAGAAAUGGAAGAGCAAAUAUUUUAGUAGCAACUGAUGUUGCUGCUAGAGGUUUAGAUGUAGAUGAUGUAAAAUUUGUUAUUAAUUUUGACUAUCCCAAUAAUUCAGAAGAUUACAUUCACCGAAUUGGUCGAACUGGUAGAUCGUCUCAAAAAGGUACAUCAUACGCCUUUUUCACUCAUUCCAAUAGCAAGCAAGCUAAAGAUUUAGUUGCUGUACUCACUGAAGCUAAUCAGAGAAUUGAUCCUAAAUUAGCUGCUAUGGCUGCAAGAUCUUAUUCCAAUGGUGGUAAUAAAUGGUAUGGUGGUGGUGGGAACCGUUGGGGAGGUGGCCGUCCAGCACACAGAAAAUUUUAAAAAUAAGAAGCAGUAUUCAUUUAUUGUGCACUAAUGAUCAAUAUUAUGUCCCUUGACUUACUGAUGUGAAAUAUUAUUUUCUGUCUUAUGUUGUAUACUAUGAUUGAAUUUUGUCUCAUUCUUCUAUUAUUUCAUCUGUACAAUUUUGAUGAUUGUAUUUGAGUAAUUUGACUUUGGAAGAACUACUAUUAUAUAUUGAGUUUUCUAUUAA